AUGUUUCAUCAAUUUAAUCGUCAUCAACAACCUCGGAAUGAUCAACAACAACAACAACAAUUCAAUCCACUCGAUGGAAUUGAUUGCAUCGUAUGCCAACAAUUAAUAUUUGAUCUGAGUGAAAGGGAUGAAGAAAUUCGUUUGAUUAAAGAGGAAAAACAGUUAGAAAUUGAGAGAUUGAGAAGAGAAAUUCAGACACUCCAAGAGGAGAAUGCUCGAUUGAGUAAUGAAAAUAAAAAGUUGAAGGAGAGGAGUAAGAAACAGAAAGAGGUGAUUAGAGAUGCUACUGUCCAACCACCACAACAAUUUCUUUUUGGACAACAGACACAGCCACAGCCACAGACACAAAUUAGUCCACAACAAAAAUUUGUUUAUAGACCACCGACACAACCAGGUAGUGAAUCAGUUUCGGUAUAUUCCUCAACAGAUCCAAUAAGACCAACUUCAUUAUUUUCUAAUACUACUACUACUCCAGAAAAAAGAAAUAAUCUCAAUUUGGCAUCAAAAUCAGUUUUACUAAAACAGGAUACAUAUUUGGAAAAUUCUCCUCCAAGAGUAGUUCCAAUCAAAAAGAAGACUGAGAAAAAACAAGAAAUUUCCAGAGAAAUCGAUCCAUUAGAGUAUGGAAAUAGAGAUCAAUUUAAUCAAGUUUUACAAAAUCAAAGAAAUGUAUUUAGACCAGCUCUUGUAAAUCAAACACCAAUAGAGCAACAACUCUAUAUUCCAGUACAACAAAGUGUUACAAGACAACCAAGACUGCCUCCUCAAUCAAGACAACCAAAAUUACCCAUUGUACAAGAACGACAAAAUUUGAAUCAUUCUAUUCAUGACGAUGAGGAAUAUGCCAGAAAAUUACAGGAAGAGCUCUUCCUUGAAGAUGCCAAUCCACCACCACUCAAUCAUCACCAUAACUUGUUUCCUCUCCAACACCAUCAUCAAAACCAUCAUCAUGCAAAUCAACUCAUUCUCCAACCCUUCACCAAUCAACACGAAGAACCACGACAAGAUAACUUUGAUUCAUAUGAACAUAACCUUGAAGCAUUUGAGGAUGUUGUCGUGCCACUGAAGAGAGAAAUUUGGAAUAAAUUGCCAACCUCAAGACUCAUAGAAGGAGAGGAAUGUCCAAUAUGUCAGACCGAUGUUUGUAGAGGACAGUGGUCGACAACAUUACCUUGUGAACAUUUCUUUCAUAGUGAGUGUAUUGGAAAAUGGUUUGAAAGAAAGCAUACAUGCCCUGUAUGUCGACACGAUCUGCAAUAGUUGCAUUGUAAAGUAUUAAUUUUUUGUAAACUAUAAAAACACAUUGCCUU